AUGCUCUGGUUCUCCGGCGUCAGGGCUCUGGCUGAGCGUCCCUGCCGGCGCUCGCCCGGGAUUACCUGCUGCGUCUUGCUGCUGCUCAAUUGCUCGGGGGUCCCCAUGUCUCUGGCUUCCUCCUUCUUGACAGGUUCUGUUGCAAAAUGUGAAAAUGAAGGUGAAGUACUCCAGAUUCCAUUUAUCACGGAUAACCCUUGUAUAAUGUGUGUCUGCAUGAACAAGGAAGUGACCUGUAAGAGAGAGAAGUGCCCAGUGUUGUCCAGAGACUGUGCCUUGGCCAUCAAGCAGAGGGGAGCCUGUUGCGAGCGGUGCAAAGGUUGUACCUAUGAUGGAAGUACCUAUAACAGCUCCUUCAAAUGGAAGAAUCCUGCUGAACCCUGUAUCCUGCGCCAGUGCCAGGAAGGCGUUGUCACAGAGUCUGAGGUGCGAUGUGUCGUUCAUUGUAAAAACCCCUCCAAGCAUCUGGAAACAUGCUGCCCCACGUGUCCAGGCUGUGUGUUUGAGGGGGUGCAGUACCGAGAAGGGGAGGAAUUUCAGCCAGAAGGAGACAAGUGCAUCAAGUGUUCCUGUGUUGGAGGCAGGACACAGUGCGUGAGAGAAGUCUGUCCCAUUCUCUCCUGUCCUCAGCAUCUUAGCCACAUUCCCCCAGGACAGUGCUGCCCCAAAUGUUUGGGUCAAAGGAAAGUGUUUGACCUCCCAUUUGGAAGCUGCCUUUUUCGCAGUGAUGUUUAUGACAAUGGAUCUUCUUUUCUCUAUGAUAACUGCACUGCAUGUACCUGCAAGGACUCCACUGUUGUGUGUAAGAAGAAGUGCUCCCACCCUGGUGGGUGCGACAGAGGCGAGGAGGCCUGUUGUGAUGACUGUCUCCUACGAGUGCCCCAGGAAGACGUCAAAGUGUGCAAGUUUGGCAACAAGAUUUUCUGGGAUGGAGAGAUGUGGUCGUCUGUCAACUGCACCAUCUGUGCUUGUGUGAAAGGCAAGACAGAGUGUCGCAAGAAGCAGUGUGUUCCCAUCAGCAGCUGCCCUCAGGGUAAAAUUCUCAACAGGAAAGGAUGCUGUCCUAUUUGCACUGAAAAGCCCGGCGUCUGCACGGUGUUCGGAGACCCCCACUACAACACUUUUGACGGACGGACAUUUAACUUUCAGGGGACGUGUCAGUACGUGUUGACAAAAGACUGCUCCUCCCCUGCCUCGCCCUUUCAGGUGCUGGUGAAGAACGACGCGCGCAGGACCCGCUCCUUCUCCUGGACCAAGUCGGUGGACCUGGUGCUGGGCGCCGGCACCGUCAGCCUCCAGCAGCACCUGACGGUGCGCUGGAACGGCUCGCGCAUCGCGCUGCCCUGCCACGCGCCGCAGUUCCACAUCGACCUGGACGGCUACCUCUUGAAAGUGACGACCAAAGCAGGUUUGGAAAUAUCCUGGGAUGGAGACAGUUUUGUAGAAGUCAUGGCUGCCCCCCAUCUCAAGGGCAAACUCUGUGGUCUUUGUGGCAACUACAAUGGACAUAAACGUGAUGACUUAAUUGGUGGAGACGGAAGCUUCAAGUUUGAUGUGGAUGACUUUGCCGAGUCCUGGAGAGUGGAGUCCAAUGAGUUCUGCAACAGACCCCAGAGAAAACCAGUACCUGAACUGUGUCAAGGGACAGUGAAGGUAAAGCUUAGAGCCCAUCGGGAAUGCCAGAAACUCAAAUCCUGGGAAUUUCAAACCUGCCACUCAACUGUGGACUACACUACUUUCUACCGGUCCUGCGUGACAGACAUGUGUGAAUGUCCAGUCCAUAAAAACUGUUACUGCGAAUCAUUCCUGGCAUAUACCCGGGCCUGCCAGAGAGAGGGCAUCAGUGUCCACUGGGAGCCACAGCAAAACUGUGCAGCCACCCAGUGUAAGCAUGGGGCCGUGUAUGAUACCUGUGGCCCAGGAUGUGCCAAGACCUGUGACAACUGGAAUGAGAUUGGCCCCUGCAAUAAGCCAUGCGUUGCUGGGUGUCACUGCCCAGCAAAUUUGGUCCUUCACAAAGGAAGGUGCAUCAAGCCAGUCCUCUGUCCUCAGCGGUGA